GUUAAUUCGUGCGACUGUUUGAUUUUUGCUAUCGGUGAAUGUAAGGCUACACAUGGAGGUCAUGUUGCGUUCAUCUCAGCUAAUGGCUUCAUCUGUCUGUUGCAUGAAGGGGCGUUCAUUAAAUACGUACACAUAUUCUCUUUUAUAUUUUACUCGGGCAAGAUAUGUGUCGGUUAGAAGAACGUUUUCUUCAACCACUGAACAAAGGGAUCAUAAACAACGCAUAGUUGUUCUCGGAACUGGCUGGUCUUCUUUGUUCUUUGUUAAAAACCUUGAUUUAUCGAAGUUUGAUCUUCAAGUUGUAUCGCCGAGGAAUUACUUUACAUUUACACCACUGUUACCUAAAUUAGUCUCUGGACGUAUUUCUACUAAAACAUGUACGGUUCCUUUUUCAUCUUUUGUGCAGAAGCACAGGAAGGGGUCUUUUAACUUCGUACAUGCGAGUUGCGUAAAUGUAGAUCCGCAUUCCAAAUUAGUUUACUGCGUCUCUGCCUCUGACCCUAAUACUAGGGUGAAUCUUCCUUAUGACCGUUUGGUCAUCGCUGUAGGUGCUGAAUCGAAUACAUUCGGUAUUCCCGGUGUAGCUGAGCAUGCUUAUUUCAUGAAAGAAGUUGAGCAUGCAAAUAUUAUAUACCAGAAGAUCAUAUCGAAUUUCGAACAGGCUUCACUUCCUGGGAUCAGCGAAGAAGAAAAGCGGCGACUACUGCAUCUGGUAAUCGUGGGAGGAGGUCCUACUGGUGUUGAGACAACGGGGGAAAUCGCAAUACUUUUAAACAAAAUGGCCCAAUCAUUCCCGGCUGUGGCUUCCUAUGUUAAGGUUACCAUAGUAGAAGGAGGUCAGCGUCUUUUGGGUACAUUUUCACUUGGCAAUUCUCAAUACGCUGACCGUGUGUUAUCUGCCAAAGACGUUAACAUACUGCUGGGAAAGCAGGUUUGUGCUGUCGGGGAAAACGACUGUACAGUUAAGGACGCUACUACUGGCGAGACAGUCACAAUGCCGUGCGGAAUAGUUUUAUGGGCCAGUGGGUUGAAACAAUUGGAGCUUGUCGACAAAGUUCGCGCUCAUUUUAAAGUACAAAACAACCCGCGUGCGUUGUUGGUAGAUCAGCAUUUGGCUUUGCGUGGGACUGGUGACCACAGCAUAUUUGCUGUUGGUGAUUGCUGCAAGAUACUUCCGGACAAGUUAUCGGAGCACUUUGAUGAGGUGUCAAAGGCUAUUGGUGGUACAACUCCAGAUGCUUUAUUGCGAAAUUUGAAAACAUUAAGUUGGAGAUUCCCCCAAGUGUCUUCCAAUAAGCUUAACCCUAAGGAUCCUGCAUUCGUCGAAUUUUUAAAUAAACUGAGUAUUAGUGAGAAACCUCCUAAGGAGCAGCUGCUUGAACUAAUGGAUUAUAUUGAUUCUAGAUACAUGCCACCAUUUCCUACGGCACAGAAUGCCAAGCAGGAGAGCGUUUAUCUUGCUAAUCUAUUCAACAAAGGUUUUAACAUUCAAGGCACUGCAGCGUUUAACGACGUAUGGAAAGGCUCUUUAGCUUCUAUUGGUGGGAAUCAUGUAGUUGGCAACUUUCCACAUUUUUCGCUGAAUGGUGGUAUAAAGGCAUUUGUACUUUGGUUGGGCGUUUAUUUGACAAUGUUUCCUUCUGGCAAGAUGCGGUUCUGCUACUUGGGAGAUUCGUUGGUGCAAACACUAUAUGGUAGGCACCUUAUCACAAAACAACAUUCGUUUGGGAAAUGAUU